UGAAAACCUCAGGGAAAGAGCGAAAUUCACCGUGAAUUAGGAUUUUCACCACAGAAUUAAGGCGAUAUUUUUUGACGCUGAGGUCGACAUGGCGUGAAUCCUCUCGCGCAUCUUCUCUACGUCAUAUAAUCCUGAGGAGGCGGUAUGGCGGAGGGGGAGGAGGCCAUGAGCCAGGAGGACUGGAAGGAGAAGUGUAUGGUCCUGGAGGCGCUGCUCAUGAAGUUCAGGGUUCAGAUCAUCAAGAUCCGAGAACUCACCGCUGACAAGAUUCAACUAUUGGAGACUCAGGUAAUCGAUGCAGAAAAACGGGCCUUCAGUGCACAUCAGCAGGUGCAGUGGAUGGAGGAGAAGCUGAAGGCUCCAGACGGUCAAUGUGGAGACUCGGAGGUGCGUUUGUUUCAGCGAUGCCAGGAGCUGCAGGCGUCGGUGCAGGAGAAGGAGGACGUCAUCGCCCAGCUGGAGCAGCAGCUGGAGGAGCAGAAGCAGAUCCGACUUCAAGAUGCCAAAACAGUGGAGGAGAAAGCGGCUAAAAUCAAAGAAUGGGUGAUGCUGAAGUUGUCAGAGUUUGAGGUGGAGAAUGCAGCUCUGAGAGAAACCAACAAGCAGCAGGAGACUCAGAUUUUGGAACUGCAGAAACAAGUGCAGGCCUUUGAGCGGAGGUGUGCCGGCGUCCUGAACAGACCAGGUGAAGCCCAGCGCCUCAGCAGCCUGACGUUCGGCUGUUUCCAGGUGAGGGGGAAGAGCCCCCAGGUCCUCACCGGACCAGCCCCGUCCCAGAGGACCCUCAGCACCCAGGGAGAGGCUGAGGGCAGAGACAAAACUGAGAAGAGUCCCAAACAGACCGACGCUGAAGUCCACAGACCAGACCAGACCGGACUCUCGGCUUCACCUCUGGAGGACGACAGUGCAUCAGAAAGCCUGGGUGACAACGUCUGUGGGUCCGAAUCCCGUGGCGUCUCCUCGGUUCUGUCCAGCGCCGCCUCAGAGGGCGAGGGAGGGGGCUGCGAGGACAGAGGAGCUGGACUGGGGGGUCUGGAGUUCAGCCGCCCCGGCAGUGAGACCUACCUGACGGCCUCGGACGACAGCAGCUCCCUGUUUGAUGACGACAUGCAACGCUCCGAACGUCCCGGCCUCGGCCUCCUGGGCUCAUCGGACGGGGCUCUGGAGGUCUGUAAAGAGGGGGAGGGGGUAGAGGGGGGUCACCGGGCUAAGCUGGAGGACUGCACCUCUGAGGAGCUCAACAAGCGUUUCCAGUCACACACACUCGACUCCUCAUCCUCAUCCAGCGAACCAAACACCCCCAGCCCCAUCCUGACCCCGGCCCUCACCCCUAAACGACCCAACCCGCCCCAGGACCCUCGGGACAACCCGGCCUCGCCCAAACAACCCCGACUGCGCACGCCGGCAGGGUUUGGACUGAUGAAUGUGGCUCUGGCCAAAAAGCACCUGAGCCAGCCGCCCAUCAGCUGUGAGGCAACGCACGGACAAACACGGAACGCCCUCAGCAUGCUCCGCCCCUUACGGCCGCAGGAAACGGACCUGGACCAGGACCAGGACCAGGACCAGGAGGUUGGCAUGGAAACAGGGAAGGACACAUCUCCUCAGGUACUACUCUGCUCACAAACAGCGCCCAAAUCACCUGGAUCAGCUGAGGACAUGGACCGAGAGAAACCAGACUGUGACGGAUCAGCACCCGGGAACAAACCCCCCACCCCCCCUCUGCACCGCCUCCCCUCCUGGGAGAGUCGUAUCUAUGCUGUUGCAAAAUCAGGAAUCAGACUGUCGGAGACAUCCUGCACAGACCCUGCUAGCAAAGAUCCCUCUCUACAGUCCUCAUAUCCUGCCUUUGUCAUGUACACAUCCCUCAUCUAUAAAAACAUGACUACUCCGGUUUACACUACUCUGAAAGGGAAAGCCACUCUCCUGAGCAGCAGUCCGUUCUCAGAUGAGUCGUCCAGCUCUGAGGAGUCGUCCAGCUCUGGAGAGGAGGACGGCUCAGUCUGCAGCUCCCAUGCCUCCUCCGGCUCCCGUAAGGACAGCAGCCCGGGCAGCCCACGCUCUCUGAAGAGAGCCGUGUCCAUGUCCUCGGUGACGUCAGAGAGCGACUAUGCCAUUCCCCCUGAUGCCUACUCCACCGACACAGAGUGUUCUGAACCCGAACAGAAACUGCCCAAGACCUGCUCCUCUGCCAGCGACAACGGCAAGAGUGAACCGAUGGAGAAGUCAGGGUAUCUGCUGAAAAUGGUAAAAACCUGGAAGAAAACAUGGAAGAGACGCUGGUUUGUCUUAAAAGAUGGAGAGCUGCUAUAUUACAAGUCACCUAGCGACGUGAUCAGGAAACCUCAGGGUCAGAUCGAAGUCAACGCCACGAGCAGCAUCGCACGUGGAGAAGGAAAACAAGUCCUCCAGAUCGUGACGGGGAAGCGUGUUUACUACCUGAAGGCCGACUCUCCCAACCUGCUGGAGGAGUGGCUCAGGGUCCUGCAGAGCGUCCUGAGGGUCAAAGCCGCCAGUCCACUCUUUACUCAGCCGGACAUUCGACCCGGCAUGAAGGGGCUGCUUAUUAAGGUGAAACAUGGCUACUCCAAGCGGGUUUGGUGUGCUCUGAUUGGAAAAACACUGUACUACUUCCGAAGCCAAGAAGACAAGUUCCCUCUGGGUCAGAUUAAACUGUGGGAGGCCCGGGUAGAAGAGGUAGACAGGUCCCGGGAUUCAGAAGACGACCUGAAGAUGUGUGGGCGGGGCUUACAGGUAGCACCCUUCACCAUCACCAUCCAGCCACAGGAACAAGGACCCACCUACCUGCUCAUCGAGUCCCGCCACGAAAAGGAUUCGUGGCUGUACCAUCUGUCUGUGGCAGCGGGGACCAUGGUGGGGAAAGUCGGCACCGAGUUCGAACAGCUGGUGGGGAAACUCUUCCAACUGGAUGGAGAUCCAAACUCUCAGAUCUGGAGACACCCCAUGUUGUGUUUCAGUAAAGAGGCUCUGUCGUCCCCCCUCACGACGCUGCCUUCACAGGCCCUGCAGACCGAGGCCGUCAAACUCUUCAAGACUUGUCAGCUCUUCAUUAACGUGGCCAUCGACGCCCCGGCCAUCGACUAUCAUGUGUCAUUAGCUCAGAGUGCGCUGCAGGUGUGUCUGGCCCAUCCAGAACUCCAGAACGAGUUCUACUGUCAGCUGAUCAAACAGACCCGCAGGAGGCAGCCGCACGGACAUCCAGGACCGCUGCAGGGCUGGCAGUUUUUAGCCUUAUGUGUGGGACUGUUUCUGCCUCAGCACCCGUUCCUCUGGCUGCUUCAGGUUCAUCUGAAAAGACACGCAGACUCAAGGACUGAGGUGGGUAAAUAUGCCAUCUACUGUCAGCGCUCCAUGGAACGCACCCAACAGAAAGGAGAGAGACAGUCCAGACCAUCCCGGAUGGAGAUUCUGUCCAUCCUUCUCAGGAAUCCCUACCACCACUCCCUGCCGUUCAGCGUCCCUGUUCACUUCCUCAAUAACACCUACCAGGUUGUUAGUUUUGAUGCGUCCACCACAGUCGAUGAUUUCCAGUCUCGGCUCAAUCAGGACACAGGUAUGAGGAAAACAGGACUGUCCGGUUUCAGCUUGUACACGGACGACCCGACCGGACGAGACCUGGAGCACUGCCUGCAGGGAGGCAUUAAGAUCUGUGACAUUAUCUCUAAAUGGGAGCAGGCCUCAAAGGAGCAGCACACCGGGAAGUCGGAAAACACCAGGACCGUCCGCCUCACCUACAAGAACAGGCUCUACUUCUCUCUCCAGGUGAGGGGGGAGUCAGAGAGGGAGCGUUUGCUGUUGGCUUAUCAGACUAAUGAGGCCAUUGUAGCGGGACACUUCCCUGUCAACAAGGAACUGGCUCUGGAAAUGGCCGCCCUGCUGGCCCAGGUGGAGUUUGGGGAUUUCGAGCGUCCAUUUUCUGCUCCUGGAUCUUCACAGACCAAGUCUACUCAAACUCUGAAACAGGUUCUGGACCGGUUCUACCCUAAACACUACCGCAGGACCACAUCUGAGGACCAGCUCAGACAACUGUUACAGCGUCUGUCCGCUCGCUGGGCCUCACUCAGGGGUCGAAGUUCACCUGAGUGUGUUAGGAUCUACCUGACCGUUGCCAGGAAAUGGCCUUUCUUUGGUGCCAAACUUUUUGAAGCAGAGUCCAUCACUCCGUCUCCAGAGCAGGGCGUACGUGUCUGGCUGGCAGUUCAUGGAGAUGGCAUCAGCGUUUUGGAGCACAACUCCAUUAAACCUCUGGUGUCCCACCCCUACAAGACCCUGAUGACCUUUGGAGGCUGCAAACAGGAUUUCAUGCUGGUGGUGGGUCAGAGCAUCGGCACCAACGCAACCAAAGACAAACCUACAGAGAAACAUCUGUUUGGAAUGGACGCCUCCAAGAUCCGGGAGAUAACGCUGCUCAUCUCCAGUUACAUAAACAGCGCUCAUCAGCAGAAGGCGGCCGCCCAUCACCUCUCUGCCCCGGCUCUCAUGGUGGCUCAGCCCAUCAGUCUGAAGAGCAAAGAACUGAGGAGCAAAUCCCCCCCGGCUCUGGGACGCCCCAGCAAGGCCCCCACACUGCUGUAACGCAACGGGGAUUUCCUAAAGGGAAGCAUGAGCUGCCAUUUGUCUUAUUUAUGUCUGAAAACGCAGGAUGUGUUUGAAGAAUGGUCAUUUUUCUGCAGAUAGAGGUGUGAAGAGCACUAAAUUACCAUAGAUAUCAUAAAUACUGAUGAAAUUCACUUGCACAGGCCAGAUGCAGAGUUUUUAGUAGCAGUUGAUUAGGUCUGAGGCCUCCAUUUUUAACUCAAGUUCAUCUCUGGGCAGUUUUUCUUAAUGAGCAAUUAACCCAUGAAGACCCAGUGCUACUUUGUUGCACUUCCAAAAUUUUUUUUUUUUU